AUGAGUGACAUAAGAGACCUUUUUGCAGUGCCUGAAUGGCUUAACGAGACAUUUUUCGAAAGAAUUCUUCGUUCCUUCCACGAAAACAAUAAAAUUUUCGUGAAUCGUGUCGUUUUUCACAACAAUCAGAUGGACGGCGAACAUUACGCGAGUGCAAUUUUCCGUGCAAAAGUAUUUUUCAACACUUCCGACUCGGAACUUGAAGCGAAUUCGAUAAAUUUAUUCAUCAAAACGAUGCCAACUGAAGAAGGGUUUAAAUUAGAUUUGAUCAAAAAAACUGACGCUUUUAACACGGAAAUGAAAAUGUAUGAAAAAGUUUUGCCGAAAAUGGAAAAAUUACUUUUAAGCAUCGGUGACGAGACAAAAAUCGGUCCAACUUUGGUUUAUCAAAGCUAUGAAGAGCCAAAUCCAGUAAUUGUUUUGAUCGACGAGGAGCCAAAUGGCUUUCGAACCUACACGAAACCUCUAAAUUACGAUGAAAUUCAAGUUGUGAUUGAAAGAAUUGCGAAAUUUCAUGCAACUUCGGUUUUUAUGAAUUCAAACGGCGACAAUUUGACGACUUUUAAGAAUUCGUUGUACGAAAAGAUGGAAAAUUUUGAUUAUUUGGAGAAACUUUUUACGCCAACUGUGAGAAAAGCCAUCGAUGAGGUGAAAAAUUGGGAUGGAUGUGAAGAAAUAACAGAAAUUUUGGAGAAAAAUUACGAAAAUUUCUCCGAUAAAAUUCGUAAAAUAUUUUUCAACGAUCAAAUUUACUCGGUGCUGACUCAUUCGGAUUUUAGUUUUAUCAAUAUGAUGUUUCGCAAUGACGGAAUGGAAAGUAAAGAUUAUCUUUUGAUCGACUAUCAAUUUUGUAUGUGGAACUCUCCUGUGAACGAUAUUUUGUUCCUGCUUUGUACCGUGAGCAACGAUGAUGUUCGUGAAAAUCAUCGAAAUGAAGUUAUCCAAAAAUAUUUUGAGAUUUUUCGGGAAACUUUGGAGAAAUUGAACUACAAAGGACCAAAAAUUAGUUUAUUGGAUCUUGAAAUGGAGAUGUCCCGAUGCGCGUUGUUGGAAUACAUGUACUUUGUCUCCUUCGUUCCCUUUCAAUAUAUUGACUGUUCGGAAAUUAGCAUCAAAGAGUUGAUUGAAAUUCAUGGAUUGCAUGCCGUGUCGAAAAUGGCCUGGAAAAAUGAGGAUUUUAAAGAGAAGUUUUUGAAAAUGGUUAAUAAAUUUGUUGAAAUGGGAGUUUUUGAAUGA